GUCAAGUGGCAGAAGGAUGACAUGGACAACAAUUUGAACUUCUUCUCCAUCUCCUCAGAUGGGCGGAUUGUUUCAUGGACUUUAGUUAAGAAUGAGCUGGUUCAUACAGAUGUCAUCAAGCUGUCAGUAGAGGGAACAACGAUGCAGGGGCCAGAGGGGCUGCAGCUGCAAACGCUUGGCUGUGGGACAUCGUUUGAUUUUCACAAAAAGAUAGACUAUUUGUUUCUCGUUGGUACUGAAGAGGGAAAGAUCUAUAAGUGUUCAAAAUGCUAUUCAAGCCAGUUUCUGGAUGUGUUUGAAGCCCAUCACAUGGCUGUGGACUCAGUCAGCUGGAAUCCCUACCACUUGAAAGUCUUCAUUUCCUGCAGCUCUGACUGGACAGUCAAGAUCUGGGAUCACACCAUCAAGACUCCGAUGUUUAUUUAUGACCUGAAUUCUGCUGUAGGGGACGUUGCAUGGUCCCCUUACUCCUCCACCGUCUUUGCUGCAGUCACCACUGAUGGCAAGGCUCACGUAUUUGAUCUGAGCAUUAAUAAGUAUGAAGCUCUCUGCACCCAGCUAGUGGUGGCCAAGAAGAAAAAUAAAAUAACCCAUAUCCAGUUUAACCCUGUCUACCCUGUUGUCAUCAUUGGAGAUGAACGAGGCCACGUCACCUCCUUGAAGCUCUCUCCCAAUCUGCGCAGGAUGCCCAAGGAGAAGAAAGGCCAGGAGGUUAAGAAGGGUCCUGAGGUGGAAAUCGCAAAGCUGGACAAGCUGCUAAACCUGGUGAGAGAGCCAGAGAGCAAGGCAGGGAAGUGA